CGAACUGGCUUAUGUACGACAAUCAGCUGACCCCUCCUCCAUCACCCUAUAUCUGAGUUGGUUUUGUUUUUUCAUGGAGCACCCUCACAACCCAUCCAACCAACCAAAAACAUUCCUCAGCAGCACUGGAUUGUUCAAGCUCUUCUCCAGUUGACCAUCCUCAUCUUCCUGCUCAGAGUAUAUCCAAAGGAGAAGCACAAAGAAAACAAACCAAAAUGGCAGAAGAGACUCGAGCCAACCAGUUCCCACCAGAGGAGGAAACACCCCUACUUGCCAACCAAGCCGAGCAACCAUCAACCGGGCCAACUGCCGCUAGCCAGGAUGCGGCCAUCAUGCCUUCGACCGAUCAACGUCCCAAGUAUUCGAUCGCCAGUCUUCUCGAGGCCCAUCGGCUUCCGACCCACAGAACGGGCAUGGUCUGGGUUGCCGAGCUCGCGAUUUGGAUUUGGCUCCUCACCGUAUGGGUCACUGUGCUCACUCACCAAGCCGGAAUAUUCACAUUCCAUCCACUCUUCCAAUCGCUCUCGCUCUUCUGCUUCUAUCAAGGUAUAAUCAUCUUACAACCUACCGAUACACCCGCUUCUAAAAGGACAGGCCUCUUGGUUCAUGAAGGGUUCCAACUUGUGGGAAGUCUAUCAAUCAUCAUUGGAGCCAGCUGCAUAUUUUACAACAAAAUGUCUCAUUCAGCUGCCCACUUUACCUCCUGGCACGGACUUUUAGGCUUCAUUUCAACUUGCAUCGUGCUCGUCCAGGCCCUAUUCGGGAUGUUGAUCGGCUUCGAAACCAGUCGUGAUUAUAUCUUGGGAGACUCAUUUGGUCGGAAAUUAUGGAAAUUUCACAGAGCUUCAGGGUAUCUGUUGAUCUUUCUGAUGACUAUCACCGUCUUGACGGUUACGAAAGCAGAUUGGGUGGUCAUGGUAUCUUCGAAAUGGUCGAUUUGGGUCUUGUCGAUUUCUCCGAUCGUCGCUCUGAUAGGGUUAUUAUCUCUAGCCAACCCAAAGAAAGUCUUUGGUCGAUAAUCAUUGAUCACACAUUCACGUGCGAAAAAUCACAGUGCAGGUUACUUGGUGGCCGACCUAUGAGGGAUUUGGUCCAAGUUUAGUUCAAGUAACAAAAAGCCUCUGUAAAUUCGAUUUGCUCUGUUCAUAAGUUCAUUUAACCACCCCUGAACCCGAUUUCAUCUACAUAACCAGCUUCUCUCCAUCCUUAGUAUGUGUUUCCAAAAGUUUUUUUUUGCACUUUUUGCAGGGAUAAUUUGUAUGUUGUAUGUACAAUCAACGCAUGUCUCAUAUGUCUUUCUCUAGCUCUUUAUCUGUACUUGCUGGCUAUUUUCUGCUGUUGUUGUAGUUCAUAAACAUGUAACAACAACCUUGUUGACAAUUCAUGUGAUUGGCAGGCCUUGUUGUUUCUCCCUCAGGAGUUCAGCGCAAACCUAAGUUUUCAAAGGAACUUCAGGAGUCUCAUGGCACGAUCAUAAGUGGACCUUUUCAUGAUUUCCAUCAAUCUUUAAUCUUAUCGAAUCUCGAGAGCAAUGAAAAAUACAUAGCCC